GAUGGGACAAUGCGGUGUUGGUGUCUGCAGUAUUCCUAUUCCUGGACACCGGUGGCUGCAAGCUGCGAUUUUGGCGUCCUCUCAUUUCCUCUCCUUAUCUCCGCCCGCGGCUGCCCUGGCCAGCCAGCUUUUGAUUUUUAAUCUGGUCAUUGAUCAAUAAAACGAACCUAAGGACACACAGGACACGAUUGCCCCACUGCCAGCGCUGGCCCAGGGCUUGUACAGCCCAGCAGGCUGCAGAAACUUAGCUAUAGCACCCUCAGUCAGCUGAGGCCUCAGGCUCGUCGCACGUUCUCAUCCCCGGGAACGUGACCCCAGCAUCCGACGCCAAGAUGCCGGCCCACAUACUGCAAGAGAUCUCCGGCUCCUACUCGGCCACCACCACCAUCACAGCGCCCCCCUCUGGGGGACAGCAGAACGGAGGAGAGAAGUUUGAAAAGAAUACUCACCACUGGGGAGCAGAUGUUCGUCCCGAACUAAAAGAUGACUUAUACGACCCCACCUACCAGGAUGAGGAGGGGCCCCCGCCCAAGCUGGAGUACGUCUGGAGGAACAUCAUCCUCAUGGCGCUGCUGCACGUGGGAGCCCUGUACGGGAUCACCCUGGUUCCCUCCUGCAAGGUCUACACCUGCCUCUUCGCGUACUUGUACUAUGUCAUCAGUGCCCUGGGCAUCACAGCCGGGGCUCAUCGCCUGUGGAGCCACAGGACUUACAAGGCCCGGCUGCCCCUGAGACUCUUCCUCAUCAUCGCCAACACCAUGGCUUUCCAGAAUGAUGUGUAUGAAUGGGCCCGAGACCACCGCGCCCACCACAAGUUCUCAGAGACGCACGCCGACCCUCACAAUUCCCGGCGGGGCUUUUUCUUCUCUCACGUGGGUUGGCUGCUGGUGCGCAAACACCCGGCUGUCAAAGAGAAGGGCGGGAAGCUGGACAUGUCUGACCUAAAAGCCGAGAAGCUGGUGAUGUUCCAGAGGAGGUACUACAAGCCUGGCCUCCUGCUCAUGUGCUUCAUCCUGCCCACGCUGGUGCCCUGGUACUGCUGGGGUGAGACGUUUGUGAACAGCUUGUGCGUCAGCACGUUCCUGCGCUACGCCGUGGUGCUCAAUGCCACCUGGCUGGUGAACAGCGCCGCCCACCUCUACGGAUACCGCCCCUAUGACAAGAGCAUCAGCUCUCGGGAGAACAUCCUGGUUUCCAUGGGAGCUGUGGGCGAGGGCUUCCACAACUACCAUCACGCCUUCCCCUACGACUACUCUGCCAGUGAGUACCGCUGGCACGUCAACUUCACCACGUUCUUCAUCGACUGCAUGGCUGCCCUCGGCCUGGCUUACGACCGGAAGAGAGUGUCCAGGGCGGCUGUCCUAGCCAGGAUUAAAAGGACUGGAGACGGCAGCUGUAAGAGUGGCUGAAUUUGGGGUCUUCCAGUGUCUGAUCCAAAAGCCAGCUUGGCAGAGGCUUAACGUUCUGUUAAUUAACUACUGAGUAUUGCUACCCAGAUGCUAAAAUGAUGAAGUUAACCCAUUCUGGUACGGUAAAACGGACAAGUGUAUCGAAAGCCAACCGCUCUUCCUUUUGAUGCUAAGCUGAUCUUCUCUUUUCUUUCCCAUUGUCUUUUUCUUUGCUUUGUCCCUGUUGACCUCAUUUCUCAAUGCCUCCCAAGCCAGCAGCUGCUCAGCCUUAUAGGUCAGUGCUCACCUUCCAGAGUAUGCCAGCAUCUCAAGGGUCUAAAGUCUGUGCCCCAUCCCCAACUCUUCUUAAGCUUGUUCUGAGUUAGAGAGACAAGAAAAUCCUCCGAGAUUUCUCCUGUUGUUUUUAGCCCAGGCUUUGCCAGGUGGAACGGAAACAUAGUUUUAUUUGGCAGAGAGCUUGCAAAGCAGGUCAGUCUUAAGGGGCCAUAUUGGACACAAAGGCUGUGGUUCUUCAGAGAGGUGGGAGAGGGCCGUCUCCUGUGCUCAGGCCUGCAGCCCUUCCACACAGUAUGCCUCCUCCUAAUUCUGAGUAGGUGACAGCAUGGGACUUGGCAACACAUAUAUCAGAGUAGUCUAGGCUGAAUAUUAAAAAUAAAUAAAUAAAGUAAAAACAAUGUGUAGGAAAAGUGGUCUCUCCUGAAAAGGGAUCUUCUUUUCCUUUAAUAACAAGGACAUAGGGCCAGGCGUGGUGGUGCACGCCUUAAAAUCACGGCACUAGGGAGGCAGAGGCAGAUGAAUCUCUGAGCUCAGGGCCAGCCAGGGCUAGAUAAUAAAAUAAUGAAAAGGACAUACAGAGCAAGAGGUUUUCAGUGAGGCAUGUUUGGAUCGAUGAGGACAGUCACUCAUAGUUUUGAGCUUUCUGUGAGCUGCAGACCCAACUUUUCUUAAAUUCUGCUCUUACAUCUUCAAGAUGCUGAUCGUCCCCAUAAAUUAGGGAUGGCUAUGGCAUUUCCAUACAUCAAGCAAUUGGAUGAUUUUAAGAGUUGAAUUUAAGUCUCAGUUAAAGCUGAAGAGACAAAAACAAGUCCAACCUGGAUCCUACAAAUACUCAUUUAGAGUGCUUCCCUCUGAAAAAAAAAGGAUGCUGAACACAUCCUCUGUUCCUCUCACUGUUGGGCAGUGGGGAUGGAGACACUGUAGGCAGCUCCUGUUAACUUUCCGAAGGAAAGCUUCUGGGAGCCCAUGGCCGGAGGACUUCACAAAGUUGGGGACCCUUUGGAGGAGCAGGCUAGAUGUUAGCUCUCUUUAGUCCCGCUUCUCUUUGCAGUAAGGCAUUCCCUGCAGUACUGACAACAUGCCUCCAGCUCUGGGACCACCCAGCCUACGCAUAGGGCUCUGGUUGGUGGGAUACAUGGCCAGAAUCUCUUCGUGCUCCUGCAUCUGCCUCUUUUCCGCUAGGCGUCUCUGUGUGCUGGUGGUUCUUUUCUGUCUUUUUGCUUUUUGUUGUUCUUCCUUUUUGACAUUUAGUCUUGCUCUAGGUAGAAAUAUCCCGCAUCUUUGCAGGCAGUAAAGACGUGCAGGGAUCCUGUAUCCGUAGUGAGAUAGAGCUGGCUGCCCCUUUCCUGUGGCUGUCAGAUUCUCCGCCUCUCUUCCCCAGGCUGCUGACACUGACGUUUAAAGAAAAAAGUUUGGCAAACUUUGUAGAAACGUCCCUGGCUCAGAGAGGCUCUUUGUCUCUUGAGUCAUUCCAAAACAAAUGCUCCCGUUGUGCCAGUGUGCCGAUGACAGAGCAAGACAAGGUUUCUUUUUUCUUUUUUUUUUUUUUUCAGCCUCCAACAUGAGUCAGGGUAGAGCAUGCUCAGUGCUGUUUGCAUUCAGCAACGCUCCUUGGGCUAAUCAGUUCUGGGUGACGAUGUGGUGCUUGUGGGAAGAGAAGGGCAUGUUGACUACGGGGGAAGCACAAGAACCCAGGUUGUGUUCGUAAGUGCCUCGGUUCGAGUUCCUUAUACCCGGAGCCACGGCCUUCUGCAGAGCUUCAGCUAAGAGGAGAUCUGAGAUGCCUCGAACUUUGCAUAGAGGAUUCUGUUCAGCAGAUUGAUUGGUGUAUCUGUCCCCAUAGCUCCGUUCAGCAAUGCAGAAGCCUGACUGGGUAGCAUAACAGAUGCUAUAGAUACUGCUGAGCCCCGGUGGUUGGAGGGAGAGUAGAGUGUAUUAGCCGACCUCUGGCCCUGUUCCUUGGAAAUGACUUUUGGAUGAUUUUAGUUCCACUGGUUAUUGGGCAUCCACUUAAUAAUAUGUGAAAAGUAAAAGCAACUCUUCUGAGCCUGCCCCAUGGAUCCUGAACCAUGCCAUGGCUGGGGACCCCGUUUAAGUAUCUGUCAGUAAGGAACACUGCUUUCAAGAUUUUAAAGCUCCAAUCAAGUGACAGAUUAAUAAACUAAGACCUGACUCUAACAGCCCUUGCCUGUGACAUGCUAAAGGCUGACCUGGGUGCCUUACCUUUUCCCUGACCAGUGUUGCUUAUGAGCCUGAGCUGGCCUCCUCUGCGGAUCCCUUGAAACCGGAGAGCCUGUAAUUGGCAGGAUGGAAACUGAUCUGGCUGGAGGGUUAGCUGCACACUGACUUGCAGUAAUCCCUUUGGGGGCUUCAUUUGGGGAACUUUUCUUAGGGCUUUUUGGAUGAAGUACCCAUAGCUGAUGGAUGGUGGAAGUAAUUCGAGCGUGUGUGAUUCGUAGGUUUUGUUAAUUGUUUUUUAAGAUUUAAAAGCUGGUUGUAGCAUUUAAAGAGAAAGCUUUUCUUCAUGGUUUGCUAGUAUCCUGAGUGUCUUCUUUUAGUUGAAAUAGGUUAGUAGAAAGAAAAGUUAAGAAAGCGUUGGCCGUGUUAUGCUGGUGGGGAAGGCCAGGGCCUCCUACCGCUCUAGUUUUGUUUUUGUUUUUUGUUUUUAUCAGUCCCCGCUCUUGACAAUAAUGAAUUCGCUCCUUGGGUAAGGAUGUUAAUAUGUUAAUGAGGGAAGGGCCCUCCCGACCUAAUCAGCUCUUAAUGGACCCAGCUGUCAACACUGUUGCCUUGGGGAUUAAGUUUCCAACCCAUGACUUAGGGGACAAACUCGAACCAUACAUAGCACUGGACACGACAUUUAACAAUAAUGUGACUCAGUAUUACUUCUGUGAGACUGGGAUAAUAACCCGGACCUACCUCAGCGGGUAGGUUUGAGCAUGACUAAAUGCUCUUUAUAAAACAUUUGGGGAUCCUCGGCAGAGGAAUAUUUAAGUCCUGCACAUUUUUAUAGUAACUGUCCACCAUGGACUUGACAUGUGCCUAUGUCCCAGAUGACAUUGUUAAUCCACAUCAUUCUUUUCAGAGACUGGAUGCGUUAGAUAAUGUAUACUCAUUGCUAUGAAAACAUGCAGGACUCCAUUUCCUUCCUUGGGUGGGAUUUUUCCUUUAUUAUGUGCAACAGUAGUUGUUUGUAAUCUAAUAAUUUUCAUUAAUAUCAACUCCGAAAGUAUUUCUACUCAUCUGAGGUUGUGUUUGUUCAUAAUAAAAAUGAAAUGGAUCUGACUGCAAUA